AUGUACGAAAUCGUCCUGGGUGGCUGGAGCAACACCAAGUCAGUGAUCAGGCGAUGUGCCCAGUGUGAUCCAGUAACGCUUUACCAUGGAGCCGUGGUGUCCUGUUCUCAGUACAGACAAUUCUGGACGAGCUGGGUUGAUGGAACAAUUAAGGCAGGAAAGGGUGAGACAGUUGGUCAAGACACGAUCCUUUCUUACACAGAUCCCAGUCCACAUACCAUCAACUACUUUGCUGCUGCUACUGGAUUUGGUUCGUCUGGGGAGUGGAUGUUUGAUAUCUGUGAGUCUACUCUGCAGUUUAAGUUCCUCCAGAACAACUCAACGUAUGACGGAGGCACCACUACUGAUUCCAAGACAGUUCAGUCCAGAAUACAUUGCUCGAUCACCUGUUUCUCCAACAUCUGGUGUCGGGGAUUCAGUCAUGAGUUGUCCACGAACACCUGCAACAUGUUCGAUGAUAUUCCAGCAAAGACAGCCCUCAACUCUGCCACGGGAUGGACUACAUGCAAUAAACAAGAUGUUUCACACGAACGAGGGUCUCCGUCCAUUAUUUUGUCUGCUUGGCAAGACUCAGGCCUGAACCCGCGACAAAUUGGCGCCCGAACAGGGACGGAGUCAAUCAGCCUCGUCAAGGACAGUGACAACGACUUCGUCGGCAUGACCUAUAUCAUCAACAUGACCUACAUCGUCAGCAACAUCGUCAUGGUUCACUGUCUACACAUCUUGUCAACCAACUGA